UGAGCUUGUGCCCUCCACCCGACAACCCCCACUGCGACCCGGGGCUCACAGUCACACCUCCCCGGCGCUAUAAAUAAGCGAGCCAGCCGCGGCGUCUCCGUCUCCGUGCGUGCUCCGCUGGUCACCGGUCAGCUCCACUCGCGCGCGCCGGGCACACGCAGCAGCGGCAGAGCACCCCCGUCCGACGCUCGGAUCAUAGCUUAGCCAGGUCGGGGAUGAGGCAGCUGAUCCGGCGGCUGUCCCGCGUGGGCGACGACUCCUCGCCGCCCGCGUCGCCGUCGUCGAAGCGGCGGGGCGGGAGGGCGGUGGUGCCGGAGGGGCACGUGCCGGUGCACGUCGGGGACGGCAGCGAGGCGGAGCGGUUCCUGGUGCGGGCGGAGCUGCUGGGCCGGCCGGCGCUGGCGGAGCUCCUCGGCCGCGCCGCGCAGGAGUACGGGUACGACCACCAGGGCCCGCUCCGCAUCCCCUGCUGCUCCCCCGCCGCCUUCCGCCGCGCGCUCGCCUCCGUCGCCGCCGACUGCUGCUAAUGGUAGCCACCCGGGAGAGCUCGGCCUGAGCCCAGCCCAGGCGCGGCCCUAUUUAGCAGUUCUUGCACGUCGCCGCCUGGAAGAUUAUUAAUUAGCUUUGGGCUUGGCCUUGUUUUAUUUUUUCCCUUAGUAUUAUCGUUCGGUGUACGUACUAUGUAAUGUACCGCCUGAAACGACGGGUAGUGUACUAAGAGUACUUCCAGUAGUUGUACUCACCCCUCAAAAAAGAAACAGUAGUUGUACUCUGCAGAAUUGGAAGGCUACUGGUUUAUGAUGA